AUGACAAACAAGAAGAAGAGGAUGCUGGUUCUUCUGAUGAUCCUCCUGAAUGAAGUCGGACUGACUCGUGCUCCAGCCUUAAGCAACUGUUUGUGGUCAGAUGGUGACUGCAGCAACAUGGGCCUCACCAGUGUUCCUCAGGACCUCUCUCCAACCAUCACUUUCCUGAACCUGGAUAACAACGCUCUCACAACCUUAAACCAGUCAGACUUCUCAAGAUACAGCAACCUGAUGUUCUUAGAGCUUCGAUCCAACCGGAUCUCCGUAAUAAACAGCGGAGCCUUCUUCAACUUAACCAGGUUAACUUGGCUGUACCUUGAUAAUAAUCAGUUAACCAGUCUCCCAGCUAACAUGUUUAUAGGACUUAAUAGCCUAUGGGAACUUGUCCUGGAGAACAACACCAUCAACGCUUUUCCAAUUGAAGCCUUGUCAAAUUUGAAUAGUUCAGUGCUGGGGCAUGUUGACCUAUCCAACAAUCAAAUGGACACGCUGCCCCCAGCGGCAUAUGACAUACUGGACUCCAUCUCAACUGUUGACAUCACUAACAACCCCUGGCAGUGUGACUGCAGGAUGCUGCCCUUUAAGCGAAGGAUGACGAGUUUCCCGGCAUUUGAAAAACAAAUCAUUUGUGCCGGACCUUCUAACCAUGAAGGAAAAGCUUGUUAUAUGCUGUAUAUCCUGACGAUAUGA